GGUCUAAUUCGGGUAUCGGCAGACCCCAGGUGAGAAGGGAAAGAAACCCCUGGGGUAUUUAAUAAGUUCAAAGUCAUUUAAAAUAUACAAAUAUAUAAUAUUUUAUUAAAAGAAAUCGGAAACGAGAGCAAAAAAUCUUGACUUGAGCAGAGUAAAUUUCAGGUCUCUCCCUUGACUGACUUGUCUGAGUACUAAUUUUACACAAUUACAAUACACUUAAAUAGUAGCUUUUGUAUAAACUUCAGAGUAGUGAUGACGUUUGCGGAAAUCUCUUGUCUCCUUUGAGUUUACUAUCAAAAAAUUUCCAUAGAAUUCACUGGAUAGGGUUGACAUGCUGAUGAAUUUUAUUCCUUAACAAAGCAACCAAAGUCUUAAUAGUUAACAUAAAAUUAUCAAAGAAAUUGAUAAAAAAUGACUACAAAUAGCAGUGAGUUGAAUACAGUUGAUAUAGAAGAUAAUAAACCGCAUAUUGUUGACACACCAGAGCACGAUCAUUCAAGAUGUCAAUCACCGAAGCAUGGCACCACAUUAUCAACAAGCACCAGUAGUUUUGAAGCACUAGAUCCUCAUGAUCCAAAUCUGAGUCGUUUAGCAACGACGAUGUUCGAAAAAACAGGUGAAUAUCUACAGGAUGAAUUGACAUCAACUCAUGCUGACUAUCGGUUACUUGAAAGAUUAAACAAAGAGACGAUUGCUAAAUAUGCUGAGUUGAAAACAAUAUCAACGAAUGUAUCACAAUCAUUGGAGGCACUUAAUCAGAAAUAUAAAAAAUUGCAACCUGUUUUGGAUAAUAUUAAUCAGAUUGAUGACAGUAUUGCUAAAUUGGAACAAGCUGCUUAUAAAUUAGCAGCUUAUUCUAAAAGAUUAGAAGCUAAGUUUAAAGAUCUUGAGAAGGAAAGUAGAAGUAAAUAAAUUUAUAUUUUAUUAUUUAAAUGUUCAAAAGUGGAGUCUAUUAUAAAUUGUUAUUAAUAAUAAUAAAAUUCAAAUGACAUUUA